CACGUAGCGAGCGACCCGUGCGGCAAUCCUUAGCCGCUGGUAACGCCAGGGAACGCCGCGACUCGCGUUGACCGCAGCGCGCCGUUUAAAGGGAACCCCGAGCCGCCGGGCUUCGGUGGCGCGUCUCGGCACCGAAGUCGUCGAUUCCUCGUCGAACGGAAACGCACGCCGGCCGCGUGUGGGCGUCCGCUGCUCUUUCGGCGGCGUCGCGGCACAAGGGACACGCUCUGCGCGGCAGAAAGUUCGUCUCCUCGUGCCACCAGCUUUCGUCGCCGCCAAAGAAAGACGGGGUCAGUCCGAGCACGAACGCCGUUCCGUACACCGUGCGCGCGAGAGGUUCUUAUAGUUCACUCUACGCUCGUGCUUAAGCGAAAAGGUUCCGCUAAAGUAUAAAUAUAGGCCCGUAUUAACGAAGGAGAAUAAACGAAAGAGGAAAAAAAACUGACAGGACGCUUUGCUGCGGCAACCGCCUGGCCGGCGGUGAUGCAUACUUCUUGGGCCACCGAACAGUGGCUGACGUCUCGCUGAGAUGAACUGUGCCCGCGCUUAAGCGCAGCCGGCACCCUGUUGCCCAAGAUCCUCGUGAAGCUUGCCAGCCCCGAGAAUGACGUGUGCUCUUGCAGCGACCACCUAGUGUUAGUGGCGCAGCGCGCCAUGGCUGCAGUGCGGCAGAUGUCAGUGCCACAGGCGGGGCUGGAGGCGGAGGAGCGGGCUCGGUCGCCAUCGCGCGACGAGCGCCGCGGCUCAUCCAGCCCCCGGCGCUCGGCCGUCAUCCCGGAGAGCACAGUGGUCGUAGCCGAGCCGUUGAGCAAGAGUGCCUCACAGCCAUCAAGCUUCAAAGUCAAGCUCACGCGUCGCGACACCUCCAACAAGCUCGUGGUAGACUCGACUGCCGUCAAAGCGACCACCAGCUCCUCGGACGGUGAAAGAGGCAAGCCGAAGCCCAACAAGGCUGCGGGAUGGAAGACUUCCAAGUUUUUCAGCAAGACGAUGUCUUCAGCCGAGCUUCUACGUGGCCUGAAGAAGCUCUCGGUGAACACCGCUACGACGAGCACCUCUGACGACCCGGACGCAAAACCCCCUUCAGGAGGUAAGGUCAAGUUUACGAUGAAAAAACGCAACUCGUCCAGUGACUCGGCCGUCAACAAAGACCGCUCACCAGAGGGGCUGCGCAGCGGAGAGGGGUCGAGGAAGUCUUCCCGAGAGUCUUCGGACGGUUCGCCCAACGUGUCCCCGCGAACGAGCAUCGACGAAGGAAUUGUCUGCAAGAAGGAAGACAUCCUCUCUCUCAUUCAUCACAACACAAAAAAGAAGUCGUCUAUUGGCUCCGUCGCAGUACCGAUCGCCGGUGCCACUUCUCCCAAGAAGCUAGCACUUCGAACGACGCGUUCGGCCACCAUUGACCCCUCAGGCAUGGCCACCGACCCUUAUGAGCCGACGGCCGAAAAUAUCCCCAGGAUCGUGUCGACACCGCCAGCGCCCCGCAGGGGAUCCACCACCCUCGAGCGCAGUACCAGUGAGGAGGCCAAACCAAGCAAGUCAAAGCGCAACAGUCUGUCUGGCAAAGGCGCGCCCCAAAGGUCCCUGGAGGAUGCGCCGUCCUCACCAGCGGAUGAGCCAAGCGUCCGCAAGUCUAAGCGGAAGCAGUCAGGCGAAGCUGUUCGCGAGGUCAAGAAGGAGACUCCCGAAGAGAGCGCCAAGGAACCGCCGAAAAAAGACGAGUCUCAGGUCAAGUGGGACGAGGGCAACGUUGUAGAUGCCAUGCUUCUUGGGGACGCCAUUGAGGCAUUUCUCAGGGGCUCCAUGGGCGGCACUUCGGCUGCUAUGCCUGCAACGCCCAAGAGGGUCUCUUUCAAAAAAACGUGAAACGUUUUCUUUCCUUCACGUGUCGGACAUGAUGGCGUGCCAAAGGAGAACAUAUCGUUUUUAACCGCUCGG